AUGUUACCCUUUAAUCCUCUCUAAUAAAUAAGUAUAAACUUCUUAAUUUAGGCAAAAAAAUAUCAAUAGAUUAUUCAUGUGUAGAGCUAUUUCAGUUAGUUUGAUUUCAUUAUUUGCAGGAGAUUCUUCAUUCAUUUUAGAAACCUUAUUGUAUUUUAAUAACAAUUUUUUUUGAAAUUUUGA